AAGAAAAUUCCGUAUCAAAAUUGUGUCCUAAAUUGAGAAUUUCACAAACAUUAUUUGUAAAGACAAGUACACGAUGUGGAUAACAAUUGUGUUUCAUUAAUUAAUUCGAAACAUAAUAUAUUUGAGAUGUUUUCGAUUGUAUAGAUUUGAGACGCGACCUAAGCCGCGACCGUUUGCCAUUCCCGAAAUCGAAGCGUCUUCACUUCGAUAUUAUAAAACACCCAGAUUGGUGAUAAGUGGUUUGUGAUUGGAUCAGACCAAUUUUAGAUUUGAAUGAAGUCGGGAGCCUGCUCUUUCUGCAAGUGAUGUAGCAUUGUUGCCAUGAGUACAACCCUUGACAGACCAGCCAGGAAGCUCUUCCUGAGCCACCUGCUGAGUUGCCGCCAAUGUGCACAAUCGUCCAAAACCACAGUCCAGUCACAAGAUCCCUCAGUCAGCAAAAUAUGGACUGCGGAAUGUGAAGAGAGAAGUGUUGAGUUUUCCAUGCUUUCAGUUCAAGGGGUAGUUAUAGAGACGCGAGACAAUGGAGACAGUAUUCUCAUAGAUGACACCACAGCAGUAGCCCUAGUGAAAGGUUGCUCUAAAAUCCCAUUCCACGCAUCCACACCUGCUAAAGGCCAGUACCUGAUGAUCAUUGGUCAGCUGGUGCGGCCAGGAAGUAUCCCAAUGAUCCGGCCUGUGAAGAUACAGAACCUCAGUCACAACCUCGCACUCACCGCCAUGUGGCCCCUGGAAGUCAUGGACGGUCUCAACCAGGAUAGUUCUGCCGCUGGUUGCUGACAACCAAUACUAUUCUCAAUAAAGCUGUGUUAAAAGCUUUUAAAACCAAUUUGUUGUAAUACUCAAAAAGUUCACAGGCGAUUGUUUCAUAGACUUUUAGGAUGAAUUGCCUAAGGUGACUUAGGCUAUACAUGUAACAGGUAAUGGUGCAUGGAGAACAACUUGUGGUGCUGUAGAUGUAUUAACAAUAUGUGACAUGUUAUCAUGUGUAGUCUAUUCUACAUGACAAUAAUACCAUACAUGUUGUUUGAUUUUUACUUUGUACUUGUUUUUAACAUACUGGUACUUGUUUUCCAAACACAGUUACACCAUAUUUGUUAGUGCAUUGUAUUUCUUGAUUUGAUUAUCUGCUUCUGAUUUGGAAAAAUAAAUGAAUAAAUGAUUGCA